GUCACGUGUCGUCCAAGAUGGUGGCGUGAAGAAGCCGUGACAAAAAAGUGACAGUUGGAGACUUUCAUGUCGGCUUUGACGUCUUCUCAGGACACGCCUGUUUCUUCCUCCACUCUGCCAACAUGAGCAAGGGCGAACUAAUCAUCCCCCAAGACUUCCCUGUCCUGCAGAACGACACGUUCCUGAAGGCAGCACGGGGAGAAGAAGGCCACCAUGUGCCCGUGUGGUGUAUGAGACAAGCUGGACGCUACCUGCCUGAGUUCCGUGAGUUCCGGGCAGGGAAGGACUUUUUUGAAACGUGUCGCUCGCCGGAAGCCUGCUGCGAGCUCACCUUGCAGCCUCUGAGGCGUUUUGCAUUUGAUGCUGCCAUCAUCUUCUCAGACAUCCUCGUUGUGCCGCAGGCGAUGGGAAUGGAUGUCCAGAUGGUGGCGGGCAAAGGUCCCACAUUCCCCGAGCCCCUGAAGGAGCCGGAGGACCUGCAGCGUCUGCGCAGCAAAGUGGACGUGGACAAGGAGCUGGGCUACGUCUUCCGAGCCAUCACGCUCACCAGGCACAAGAUCCAGGGCAAGGUGCCGCUCAUAGGAUUCACCGGAGCGCCGUGGACGCUCAUGUCCUACAUGAUUGAAGGCGGGGGCUCCAGCACCCACUCCAAGGCCAAGCGCUGGCUGUACCAGCACCCCGAGGCCAGCCACAUGCUGCUGAAGAUGCUGACUGACGUCAUCGUGGAGUACCUGCUGGGCCAGGUGGCAGCCGGAGCCCAGGCUCUGCAGGUGUUCGAGUCCCACGCCGGCAUCCUGGGGCCGCUGCAGUUCCAGGAGUUCUCCCUGCCUUACCUCGAUGACAUCGCCCGCCGGGUCAAAGAAAGAUUCAAAGAGACGCAGCAGGAAGUUCCCAUGAUCGUUUUUGCAAAGGAUGCUCAUUACGCCCUGGAAGCUUUGUCUCAGUCUCAUUACCAAGUGGUCGGCCUGGACUGGACCAUUGAUCCACGCUCCGCACGUGACCGGACAGCGGGGAAGGUCAGCGUCCAGGGCAACAUGGACCCCUGUGCGCUCUACGCUCCCAAGGAGUGCAUCUCCGACACGGUGAGGACCAUGUUGGAGGGUUUUGGCACCAGAGGCUACAUCGCCAACCUGGGCCACGGCCUCUACCCCGACAUGGACCCGGAACACGUAGGCGCCUUCGUGGAGGCCGUGCACCGACACUCCAAACUGAUGAUCAAGCAAAAAUAGACGCAAAUAUGAUCUUUUUUUUAUUUUUUUUUUAGUUUUAGUCAAUAAACAGGAAAUAAGAAGU